AUGCAGCUUAGCGACUACUGGACAGCGUGGGAUAAAGCAAAGCCGACAAAAUGCCUCAACAUUUAUGCGGUAAUCUGGGUGCACGCCAUUAUAUGCAUCGUAGUAGACAUCUGGAUGCUGUCCAUCCCGCUUUACGAGGUCUUUCAUCUCCAGAUGACUUGGAUGAAGAAGUUCAGUGUGGCUCUGAUGUUCGUUGUUGGUACCUUUGUUACGGUUGUGUCCAUUCUCCGUCUCAGAUCGCUCAUUGCUUUCGGUGGCACCAGCAAUGUUACAUGGGAGCAGACAAACGUCGUCUUGUGGUCAGUCUACGAGAUCAAUGUUGGAAUCAUAUGCGCUUGCAUGCCGGCUCUCCGCUUGAUUCUGAUCCGCGCCUUUCCCAUGGUCAUCAGCACGAUACAAGGAAGUACUCAGCGAAGCAGCAGAAACCAUCAUGAAAUUGGAGGUCGUGCCAUAAAGAGAAACGUAGAUACGAUAGGAAGCGCCAAAAGUGGGAAAGAGAGCCUGGUCGUUGAGCCAAGCACGAUUACAUGUACUACGACAUUUGCGGUGCAGCACGAGGAAAGCGACGAAGAGGCUGAACUUGUUCAUAUGGAGAAUCUUAGUGAGAAGGUGAAAAGAAAGGGGGGUGACAGCUAUACUAGUGAGCUGGGCGUGUAG